GGCUCGGCCAACCCAUUCAAAGAAGAGAGAUAAGCUCUGAAAACACUCCAUGUUCAUCCACCAUUUACGCACUUGAGCUAAGGAGGAAGAAGGAGGGGAAAGGAGAAAAGAAAAGUUGGCUUUGGAAAGGAAAACUUGAGGUGCUUAAGGUUAUCUAUAUUCUUCUAUAUGUGGAUGAUAUUUUAAUCACUGGUUCUUCUGUGGCUCUUGUUCGAUCUAUUAUCCAGUCUUUAGCUACAAAGUUUGUCAUGAAGGACUUCGGGGACAUUCAUUUUGUCUUGGGUCUUCAGAAUCGGCAUACAUCUCAGGAUGGUGAACUUCUCACUGAUGCUACUGGGUAUCGCAAUAUCCUAGGGCACUGCGGAUUAUGGUUUAUGGCUCUAGUCCAAUCGUGAUAUUUCUCUCUUAUUGCCUACUCAAAUGCUGGUUGGGCCGAUUGUCCGGAAAGCAGCCGCUCCACCACUGGUUAUGCUAUCUUCUCGGGUCCUAAUUUAAUCUUCUGAUAGUCCAAGAAGCAACCCACAGUCUCAAAAUCCUCCACUGAAACAGAGUAUUGUGCCAUUGCUUACGCUAUACAGGACACUCUCUUCAUUCGAUCAUUGCUUGUAGAGAUUGGUAUCUGUAUUUCUACUCUUGUUCAGUUUCACUGUGAUAAUGUUUCUGCCUCAUAUCUAGCUGAGAAUCCUAUUCAACAUGAUCGUAGUAAACACAUCAAGAUUGAUUACCAUUUUGUCAGAGAACGUGUUGCUCAUGGAGAUCUUGUCGUCAAAUAUGUUCCUACUCAGUUCCAGUUAGCUGACAUUUUUAAUAAGAAUUAUUUAUCUAGUCAGCGUUUUGAAUUUUCAUGAUUCAAUCUGCGAUUUGUUUCCCCUGCACAGAUUGAGGGAGUGUAAUAAUAUAAGAGUUGGGACAUAUUUGUAAUUUCCUAAUUUUCUUUGUUUAGUGUGAAUAUACCAUCGGGGCACCCUAUUAGGGCAAACCAUUAUACUAUUCCAUAAUAUUGUAUGAAAUGUGUAAAAGUUA